AUGUUAGCUUAUCUUAUGUUUCCUUCGACAUUUGAGAAACAUGAGCAUGCUUUGUUACUAUUCACUCUACUACUUGAGAAGAAUAUGUCCUUAAACGCAAUACCAAACUCAACUGUCGAAAAUAAAGAUAGUGGAAUUUCAAUGGAUGAUUCUUUGAUUUCAUCAGUCGUAGAUGUGGUAGUUGCAGGAAGUAUUUAUGUGAAACCUGUUGAAAAACACUUACUGACCACUACAAUGCAGUUGUUUGGUUUCUGUAUUUUGAAGCAACACCAAGUGGGAGUAAUCGAUGUAGCUUUGACCAAACGAGAUUGCCUCGUCGUAAUGUCAACUGGUGGUGGGAAAUCCUGUCGCAAAAUCAAUCACUCAAAGAGCACCUUGUCCUAUCUGAUUCCGUCAUUCAUCAAUGCGGCCUUCAGUGAAGAGGAUCCCUUCGUUCAGAUGGUGCAAGAUGAGACUAGGCGCAUUCUCUACACCCGUUUGGAAAAGGAAACCAUUCAAGUCUAUGAUUUGGGCCACGACGGACAAGCCAUGACCCGUGUGGCUGCCAUCAACACCAGCACAAUUGUCCAGUCGGCUGCCAACAUUGCCUUGGUGGUUGGUGGAUCGAUCCAGCCUUUGGUUUGCAUCGCUCCCGUAGAGUCAAGGGAGUCGACCAAUUUGCACCUUGUAGCCAUUACGGCCUCUGACGUCCGGCUGUACUUUAGCACAUUGCCCUGGCGUAGUUUCAACGAAGCCACGCCUUCUAGCCACUCGGUGACACUGCAACUGGUUCAAGUUCGACUCACACCCGGCUACGCGGCAAACGCUUCGCCUCAACGGCCCCAGCAAGUCCAUUCGGCGCUCUAAUCUCACGGAACGACUUUUUUAGCAACCACCACGGCUUCGGACAAUGAUGUGAUCUGGACCUUGUCCUAUUCUCUGUUUCCAGCUUCCCAGCAACUGUCGGAGACGCAAAACACUCUUUGCUUGGACGGAAAGACCUGGGCGCUGGCUGAAGUCACUCCAGCUCCUAAAAGGGCCAUUGAUGCGUCGGCGUUGGCUCCACCGGCCCCAGAACCGCCACUCAUCGUCACCCAACACUCGCUGGGACCGCGAAAAUUCAUUUUCCUGACGACCCAGUGCUGUCACGUCGUCACCCAGCUGAGGCCGGUGGAUAUGCUACGCCAGUCGCUCUUUGAUGCUUCAGGACCAGACAGUACGGCCGUUCGGGCAUUUUUCCAGGUUCUUCGAGAAGAUCAGGCCUGCGCCACUGCCCUCAUUUUGGCCUGUUCCACCAGCAUUCAAGACUCUCAGCUGGCCGAUUGGGCCGCCCGGGCCUUUUUCCUCCACGGUGGCGAUGUGAAAAUCUCUUCCCAUUCGAUCCAUCCCAUUUCGUCACCCGCUUCGCCUUUCAUUGUCAACUCUCCCGGCCAUUUGAACACGACGCCCAGCCACUUCCAGCACCAACAAUCUGACUCGACCUUCACUUCGCCCGACGGUGGCGGAAUGGGCAGAUUCAACCCCAACGCCAUUUUGACUCCCCAGUUGGCGCCCUAUUCGCCCCAGUCGAAUACCAUGCUGGCCGGUGGAGGUGGCGAAGCGACCGACUAUCAGUUCUCUGGCCGCCACAACGGACUCUACUUGUAAUUCGGUCGUAUUCUCAGACCAGUUUGGCUCAUUCCCCUGGUCAGGGAUGUAGGCAAACCUCAACAGCCCAUUUUUUUUCAGUCACUUCA